CUUUUUACCUUUGUCUUUUUUCUAGCUGCAGGUUUGUCCUCGGGCUGCAUAGUGUGUACUGGUUAGUACUUCCGCCUUGCAACAAGAAGAUCCUCGGUUCAAAUCCCGGCCUGAGCUUGGGAUCUUUCUGCAUGGAGUUUGCAUGUUCUCCCUGUGCAUGCGUGGGUUUUCUCCGGGCACUCCGGCUUCCUCCCACAGUCCAAAAAUAUGCUGAGGUUAAUUGAACACUCUAAAUUGCCCGUAGGUUUGAAUGCGAGUGUGAUUGUUUGUCUGUAUAUGUAGCCCUGCGACAGACUCGCGACCUGUCCUUGGUGUCCCCUGCCUUCGCCCGAGUCAGCUGGGAUAGGCUCCAGCACCCUCCGCGACCCUACUGAGGAUAAAGCGGUGUAUAGAGAAUGGAUGGAUGGAUGGAUGCCACAUCUGGAGUUGUAGGUUUUCCGAGGAGCUCCUGAACGCAGCACCACUCUCGGCGCUCACGAGGAUGACGUCAUGGGCUUCUGCUUGGACCGAGCCAUGACCUGCUGCUCCGGCUAAGCUAAAGGCUCCGCACCGACAGAUGUUCCGCGUCGGGGGACGGCGAACGACGGCUUUCCGUGAAAUGCGCCGCGUCCACCGGCACCAGCUCGGCCUGAGGAGACGCUAAGCACCGCGGCAGCAGCGGUUCCAGCCAACGGCGGUCACUCUUUAGCGGCGCAUGUUUGUGUUUUAAGUUUACCGCAGCUAGCUGGCUAGCUAAGCAGCGCAGCAAAAGUGAAACCAGAACAGGAGCUGCAUGAUCGACACACUGAGGAGUUAGACUUCUGCAAAACUGAAACAAGCAGCAGCUUGACCCGCUCCAUCAUGGCCUCCUGAGGUCUUCAGGCUUCGGCGACUCGUCAGGUCGCUCGCGGCUGUUUUGAACCAGAGGCCAGCGUUCAGCCCACGACCUGUCUGACCUCCCGAGCAGAGGGAGCGAGCAGAUGGGGAACAGUUGCUGUCGCCCUGAAAGUCCCUGUGGCAGUGCCGAGGAAAGAAGUGGUUUGCUGACAGAUGACUCGAAGGGCAGAGCGGGCACGGGCGACACGCUGGUGGUCGGCACCUGCGGUCCUCAAGGCGACGAUGACACGAGAAAAACUCCUGUGGAGGACGUGGUGCAACUGAAGCAGAGUCCUGAGAAUGGAGAGACGGAGCUGAACAACACUCAGGAAAAUGGACCCUUGCCGAAGGAAAGCGUCCAAACAGCGACGCCUUCUCCCCGGAAAGUGUCCGAACUCAAGGAAAACGGCACCAGAGCACAAGACAAAGAGAUGAAGGAGACCGCUGCAGACAGCCACCAGGCUGAACUUCUGCAAUGCACUUUAAACUGUCCGCAGGAAGACCUCGCUGCUGCGGCGAGUUUGGAGGUUCGUGACGCAUCAAAGGCAGAAGAAGAAGAAGAAAAUCCAGCCUCAGAGCAGGACAGAAUCCUGGAUGAUGGCACUGAAAACACAGAGACGAACACAACAGCAACAGAGCACAUUACAGCGAGCGGUACUCAUGAAGAUGAAGAAGCACGCGCCAGAGUUGCUGUUGACACUGAAGUAGCCAAACCUUCAGAGGAGUCAGCUGAAAGUAAUGAAAAUGUGCCAAAGGCUCAGCCGGCUGCAGCAGUAGGUCAGGAAUCCACCGUCUCAAACACAGAGUCUCUGAGCUGCGCUGUGGCGGAGGAUCCAGACAAUAGCAGCUCUUUGGUCUGCAGGGAGGCCGCUGCUGAGGACACAAACAUCCCUGAUGUGUCUUCUUCUGGACCGGAGCCGGCGAGACUCAACCACAGCGGAGGAGAACGAGACUCUGCCAGCUCAGAAAAAGAGCCAGAGACCACAGCUCCAGCAGACGCCAGCGAGAGCUUAAAGUCUGAUCAGGACCCAGAGCCAGAUCCUGAGUGUGCAACUACGAGCUCAAAGGAGGUCACUUCCUCAGAGAAACUCAAACAGGAUGCCGGGAAGGAAGUAAUGCUGAAAGUGCAGGAAGGACAUGUUCCCAAAGUGAAGGAGGAUGAGGGGAUAGAGGAGGAGGAGGAGGAGGAGGAGAGUGCUCCAAGCGAGGCUGGAAAAGAUGCUGAGAUUCAGGAGGAGAUUGGAAAAGAAGAAGAGCAGCAGGCAGAGAAUGAAGCGACAGAAAUAAAGGUUUUACCUGCUACAGAGAAGGAAGAAAGCCUCGGAAACAGCGAAGAAGACCUUUACAGAGGGGCUGAGGAGCUGUCGGCAUCUCAGAGUAACAAAACAGAAGCUAAAUUUUUGAAGGUGGAGGACAGAUGCAGUUUGGCCGCGGCGGUGGACAUUCUGUCGUACAGCGAGAGAGAGUGGAAAGGAAACACUGCCAAAAGUGCUCUCAUUAAAAAGGGUUAUAAAGAGAUGUCCCAGAGGUUCCGCAGCUUGAGGAGAGUGAGGGGCGACAACUACUGUGCCCUCAGAGCCACGCUGUUCCAGGUGUUGUCCCACAGCACCCAGCUGCCUGCCUGGCUGCAGGACGACGACAUCACUCAGCUGCCGGAGCAGCUGGAGGCCCAGGAAGGCCUGAUAAGUCAGUGGACAUUUCCUGGAGAGUGCCUGCAGGGAGACGGGACGGCAGCCGCCCAGCAGCUAACCGGCUACAUGGAGCUUCUCCAGAACAAGUGGCAGGCAGCGGUGGACUGUUCCUCGGCUGCAGAGCGGCAGCAGCUUUGUGAGCGAGUGUUUCAGGGCGGAGAAGAGGAGCUGGGGCUGCUGGAGGCGCUGAAGCUGCUGAUGCUGGGCCGAGCGGUGGAGCUGCACGGCUGCAUGCAGGCCGGCGGAGACGUGCCUCUGUUCUGCUGGCUGCUGUUCGCCCGGGACUCGUCCGACUGUCCACGCUCCUUCCUCUCCAACCACCUCAGCCACGUGGGGCUCAGCGCCGGGCUGGAGCAGGUGGAGAUGUUCCUGCUGGGCUACGCCUUGCAGUGCACCAUUCAAGUUUACAGACUGUAUAAGGCCGACACAGAGGAGUUUGUCACCUACUACCCAGACGACCAUAAGGACGACUGGCCGUUCGUGUGCCUCGUCACAGAGGAUGAUCGCCACUACAACGUGCCGGUUGUAGAAGCUGCAGAACUACACAAGGAGCUCACCUCCAGCUGAUCGCAGCUGCAGAGAAACCUCCUGCCAUACAAACACCCCUCAGGUCCAUCAAGAUGAAAAGAUUUACGCCAGUUUUGGGAAAAGUACACUACCAGCCAAAAGUUUGGACACAACUUCUCAUGUAGUGGUUUUUCUUUACAUUGCAGAUUCUCUAUGAAGGCGUCAAAACUAUGAAUGAACACAUAUGGAAUUAUGUAGUGAGCAAAAAACAGUGUGAAAUAAAUCAGAACGUGUUUUAUAUUUUAGAUUCUUCAAAGUAGCCACCCUUUGCUUUGAUCACUGCUUUGCAAACUCUUGGCUUUCUCUCAGCGUUCUUCAUGAGGUAGUCACCUAGAAUGGUUUUCACUUCACAGGUGUGCCUUGUCGAGGUUCAUUUGUGGAAUUUCUUGCCUUCUCAACCCUUAGAUGCACAACAUGGGUCAAGGUUUCUCAUUUUCCAUUGAACAUGGCUCACUUUUGACCCAUGUUCUGCAUCAAAGGGUUAUUGAGGUUGGGACUAUCACUUGUGUUGUGCAGAAGUCAGGUUGGUUCAGAGUUGACAGUCUUAUUUGACAACUGUUGAAGUCUAUAUUUUUGCAAAAAACAUUCAGCUACGUAAAGAGAAAUGACAGUCCAUCAUUACUUUAAGAACUGAAGGUCAGUCGGUCUGGACAAUUGCAAAAACUUUCAGUGUAUCUCCAAGUACAGUCGCAAAAACCAGCAAUCAUUACGACUAAACUGGCUCACAUGAGGACCACCUCAGGAAGAAAAAGACCUCUUCAUUCACCCACGGAACAGGUCUGGUUGCCACAUUCACAUUGUGGCAAGUUCUGUGAAGAGCAAUGCACACCGUCGCCGUUGCAGUUUUGUUUUUCUUAAACGCCAGGUUUGGUUUUCUUGACAGUCGCUCUCGUGUGUCGUCACUCCUUGUCCAGUCAGUGGCCUGCACUCUGUAGACGUCACAUUAUCGCCUCGACUCGGCUCACCUGGAACCCCGGCUGAGUAGGUACUAAAAUAAGUAUCAGGUACUACAACCUAAUGGAAAACCUGACAAACCGAAUAGACCCUUUAAUGACGGGCCGAGUAGGUGCUAGUGGAAAAGUACCACGAGAGUCACCUCUGCUGCUGAGGAUAAGUUCACCAGCCUCAGAAAUCACAAGCUAACAGCCCGUCACAUAAAUGCCACACAGAGUUCUAGCAGCAGACACGUCUCUACAUCAACUGUUCAGAGGAGACUGAACCGAUCAGGCCUUCAUGGUCAAACAGCUGCUAAGGAAAAGCAACAAGCAGAAGAGAUUAGUUUGGGCCAAGAAACACAAGGAGUGGAGAUUAGACCAGUGGAAAUCUGUGCUUUGGUCUGAUGAGUCCAAACUUGAGCUGUUUGGUUCCACCCACCGUGUUUUUGUGCGACACAGAAAAGGCAAUGACACCAAGCACACCUCCAGGCUGUCUAAGGACUGUUUGACCAGGAAGGAGAGUGAUGGAGAUGACCUGGCCUCCACAGUCACCUGACUUAGACCCAAUCCAGACGGUUUGGGAUGAGACUGACCACAGAGUGAAGGCAAAAGGGCCCACAAGUGCUCAGCAUCUCUGGGAACUCCUUCAAGACUGUUGGAAAACCACUUCAGGUGACGACCUCAUGAAGCUCAUGGAGAGAAGCCAAGAGUGUGAAAAGCAGUAAUCCAAGCAAAAAGUGGCUAUUUGGAAGAAACUAAUUAUUCCAUGUGUUCAUUCAUAGUUUUGAUGCUUCAGUGAGAAUCUACAGUCAUGAAAAUUAAAAAAAAAAAAAAAAAGAACAUUACAUGAGAAGUUAUGUCCAAACUUCUGGCUGCUGGUGUACUUGUUGGCUUGUUUGUGGAAGUUGGUGUCUUUACAUUUACAGUUUAGUUACAGUCUGCAGCGUGGCUUAGCACAGAGACUGGAAGUUAAGGGGAACGACGAGUCUGUUUUUGUCCUGAAGUAGAAAAAUACAAACUGCAGCACCUCUGCAUCGCUAACACGUUGCAUCAUGUUCUUUAAAAAAAAAACAAAAUAUAAAAUGACACAUUGUGGUUUUAAGCAGGGCGUAGUCGUGGAAAAACAGAGUCUGACAGAGAUAUCUCUAACGUCUACUAACUUCCCUCAUGUUUAAUUUCACCAAAGUUGUUUAUCCAUUAACCUGGACUUUAGUCAAGAAGCAAAAAAUCUCUCGUUGGUAACAAACACUGUUUAGUUUUGUUGUGUUGGUGUUAAGACAUAUCAGUAACAAAUGAAAUGCAUCAUAUUUAAAGUAAAUCCAGGCAUUUUUACAAAACCUUUACAAGUGAAUGUUGUGUUGCAGAAACAUGAGCUAGUUUACUAAAAGUGGACUUGACCUGGUGGAGAAACACUCAUGUUGGCCAGAAUGACGGUCAGAUGUGAGAUCGUACAGAUCAUUUGUCAGGACCGCCAGAUGGAAAACGGGUCUGUAGACGGGGUUGUUUUGAAGGUAGAGUCAGUGAUUGCAAUAGAAAACAUUUAUUCAGAUUCCCUUUAUGGUCUGACAGUUGUCUAUUGUGUGUUCUAAAAAAAAAUCAGGUGGUGUUGUACAUCUCUGGCUCUGUAAAUGAUAAAGUGGCUCCAGACAGCGCUAUUCCUACACUGGGGGCUUGUGCUGUUGCUUUUGCAUUUGACAGGGAGAAAGGAGGUAGUGGUGGCGAGAGUGAUGGUGAAUCUGGCACAUAUUUUUAAGUUAGCAGACGGUCACUUGUGUCUAAAUGUCAACCUCCUGCAGUUCCUCGAAUGGCCACUUGAGGCCGAACCCAACAGCGAGUCGAUCCUCUUAGACCUGGAUGUUAAAAUGCCUGACUUUACAGCAGAAACAAACAUGUCUACAGCCUGGUAGUAAACAGGGCUUUGGACUCAAAGCUAAUUUUCCCAUUCAUGACAGUGGUACAUGCAGUAUUUGCUUUAUAUAACACGCUAGUUUACAUUGUAUUAAGGCUGAAAGGUUGUGGAUAGUUAAGGGUGUGGUGGCUGUGAGUGACCAGGCUGUCCUUGGAUUGCGUCAACUCAACUCAUUGUUAGUUUAGCUGGGAGCUGGGUUCAUAUUUACUUAGUUUCCACGAGUACAGAAGUGACCGCAGUGACCGUAUUACAAGGGCAGUAAAGGCCAUGUUGUGGUAUCUGUAGAUACAGCCAUGUAAAAAAAACAAAAAAAAAAACAGAGCUAUCCAACUGUUCUUCAGGGGAUUACAGAAAUAGUAGAAUAGUUUUUGUUUGUAAGCCAGCAUCAUUAACCCUCGUGUUGUCCUGCGGCUCAAAAUUGACCCGUUUCAAAGUUUGAAAAUGUGGAAAAAAAAUAUAUAUUUUCACAGUGAAAUUUCUGAUGUCCACAUUUCAACAUUUUUUGGAAAUCUUUGAACAUUUUUUUGGUGGAAAAAAAGAAAUAGUACAAAAAAUGUUUCUUUAAGAACAUUCACAGAAAAAUCAACCAAAAUCCAGCGAAAUUCGCUGGAUUUUGGUUGAUUUUUUUUUGUGAUUUUUUUUGGUGCCUGUUUGACUGACAUAUAUGGAAUCACUUUAGAUAUUUUUAGGAUUUUUUUGGAAGAUUUUUACUCAUUUUUAAAAAAUAUUUACCAGAAUUUUCUUGCCAAAAUUGUGGAUUUUUUAAAGAAAACUUUUAAGUUUUAAGUUUAAGUUUUAUUGGAAUUUCCUUCCUGAAGGUUUUUCAAAGUUUCCGAAAUUUGGGGAUUUUUCUUUUCUUUUCUUUUUUUGCUAAAUUUUUGGAUUUUUUUUCAGACAAGGAAACAAUAUUUUUUGGUGCCUGUAAAUGAGGACAGCAGGAGGGUUAAGGCACAACCAAGAUGAAAAUGGCCGGAGCCUAAGCUUCGAAACCAAAGUUAAGGAAACAAAACGUGUGUUGUCAUCUUUAUGUCAAGUCAGAAACACCUAAUGUGUACAAUAAGGAGCAAAAUUUAGUUUUCAACUUCUAUAAUAUAUCACUUCCGUAAUAUCAGCAGUUAGAAUAAACAAUCGGCGGCUAAUUAAAGUCACUUCUGGAGUAAAUAAAUUAGAUAUAUCAAGUUUAAGGGUGAGUUUUAAAGGGCCUGCUAGAUGGAUUUUGUUUUUGUUUCCCCCUGUUUCCAGUCUUUAUGCUAAGCUAAGCUAACAACCUCCUGACUGCAGCUUCAGACGUCUAACUCUCAGCAAACGAGCGCGUCCCAAAAUGUUGGCCUGUUCCUUUAUAACAUAUGCUGAUUUGAGACCCCGUACAAGAUGUGGUUGACACGUCCUCGUACACACUGUACUGUACAGUUUUCUAUGUGGGUAUGUGUACAUAUCUGUUAUUCUGGGAUCAUCUCGGAUCCACAUUAGCUUGCAGGGUGUCAUUUUGAGUUACAGAUGGUUAAAAAAAAAAUAGCCCAAAUUUUCUUUUACAUUUUUCUUGUAAAAUUUUUCUCAGUAUGAAGUGGAGCUGCCAACAGCACCAAAAAAAGAUUAGAUGGUGUUUACACUGGAGUUUGGGCACUUUGUGUAUUAAUUUAUUGUUUUUGAUGACGUCAGAAAUGCAUUUAAAACGAAUAAGUGUGACAGUCAUAAGCGACGCGGCUGAAUUAGUCAAUGAAGGGUUCGAUGAUUUAUCAGGUUACACCGGAUGACGAUCGGAAGACUUGGAAGAUUAAUCGCAGCCUCUGUGUCAGAGGCGUGAUUUGUGCUGGUCCGUGUGUGUGUUUGCAACUCUGUGUGUGUGUUUGUGUGUGUGUUAAACUCAAUGUGUAACAUGUUGCCUUUAACCAAGCUGUACUGAAAGGAAGAAACGUGCCAAUGUUGCUGCAGAUAACUGGCAACAGUCCAAACUACCAGCUGCUGGAUUCAGAAGAAAAGGCUCGCUUGGUCCUCCAUGUUGCCUUAGAAAAAAAAAUGCACAAUAAGAAUGAAUGUUGGUGAUUCGUGAUCAGAGGCCGUUUCCUCACCCUAAUUCCAGAGCAGGUGGCGGUGAAGCUAACAGUAAAACAUUGAUUAUGCCAUUUUGCAGGAAAUGUUCCUGAACUGUCAAAGUUUUGGACAGCAUUUAAAUAAAAUGACAUUUUUGGGAAA